GAUUCCCCUUCUCUCACCACGAGGAGGCGGAAGAAACAAGCGAUCUGGAGCCAGUCCAGCGUCCUUCCCCCAACCUCCACACAAUUCUUUUUUUUUUCAACUCACCAUGGAGGACACCGUCCCCGAUACCCCCAUCAGUGACAAGAAAGUCAUCCAUAGCACUCCUCCUGCCAGUGUCCUGGACGACGAUGGAGAAUACGAGACAAUCGCUACCCUCCCUGCGAACGACCCUCAGCAUGCACUGCUUGCAACACAAUCGCUAACCCCGACGAUGCAACGAUUUACUCAGCCUACGCAGAUUGUGGACGUUCCUUAUUCUGCUAAAGCCAAUUCCGUCGUGCAGGUUGCGGCCUCUUCGCCUUUGAAGACUGUCUCUUCUCCCUCCCGCCCUUCCCCCCUCGGCGGCCGUCUUUCUAAUAUGAUGGCGCCCAGUGGUACACGGUUUUGCCCCCCUGUCUCACUUGGACCUGCAAAACGUGCACCAUUGGUUGACCUCGACGAUGAUGGCCCUACUUAUCGUGGGGGUUCUUCAGACGACGACCUCCAGAUCAUUCGGAGUACCGAUAUCAAGCCGUCCAUGUUCACCAAAUCCUCGAAGAGCCCAGAAAAAUCGACAGCCUCGCCCAUUGACUGGUUUAAAGAAAUAACAGCCUCCGCUAUGUAUAACCCCAGCACUAAACGAACUGCAGCGCAGAUGGACCCCACCCCGAAGGGAAUUCCAGUUAAAAAACCUCGUCAAGAUGGUCCUUCGCGCGCUCAGCCUGUGGAUGUUGAAAUAGUGUCACUGGAAGAUAUCCAAGAUUACCAGGUGCGGGUGAAGGUGGAGAGAAUGAUGAAGGUCCUGCCACAAAAAUCGGCAAAUCAGUGCAUGCAGGCUCUCAGAAUAAAGCGUGGGAACUAUGAGGAUGCACUGGAUUAUUUGGCUAGUGCUGAGGAUCAAGGUGCGAACGGACAUAUCAGCUCGUCGGAGGAUGAGCUGAACAAAAGGACCUCCCCGGUAGCACCUGCGAAGCAGAAAAUCAAAGCUCUCGGUACUAUUCAGGACAAAUGGUCGGCAAUGCACCUGCAGAAAAAUCUGCCGUCGCAGAAAUCCUCUCAGCCUCCUCAAGAGGAUUCGAAGCCGCGAAGACGUUUGAUGCGGGGCCCUAAGACUCGAGUGUCUUCACCCGGUCCUCCGCGAAGUGAGACGCCCCCGAAACAGAAUCUCAGUCGACUGAUGCAAGGACGCAGGCGCCCAUCGCCUACAGGAUCCGAAUCCCCUGAAGCUCCUGUGGUUAUAUCAGAUGACGAUUCCGACUCCGCGAUCGAUGUAGACCCUGAAGAGGGUGCCGGCUUGGAGCAUAAAGUAUUCAGCUUCUUUAAUAAGUGCAGCGUCCUAGAUCUCGCUGAUAUAGCUGCUAUUUCUGAAGACCUCGCGGAGCACAUUAUCUCCAAGCGGCCAUUUGCUUCUUUGGAUGAAGUUCGCGUGAUUCCUCCCCCGGCUACUGAACAACCAACGACCAAAACGGGAAGAGUCCGGAAAACUCCGAAACCAGUGGGAGACAGAAUUGUUGAUAAGUGUCUUGAUAUGUGGGUAGGUUACGAAGCUGUGGAUUCGCUGGUCGCCCAAUGCGAGUCCCUGGGGAAGCCAGUUGCUACCGAAAUGAAGAAAUGGGGAGUGGACAUCUUCGGAAAACGUGAGGGAGAGCUCGAACUGGUUUCUCUAGAUCCCCAAGGAUCUCAUGACUCUGGGAUUGGGACUCCUGCGAGCCAACAAUCGGAGGAAGAUAGUGAUGGCCCUGGGUCUGGAUCGCGCAAAGGCCGUUUCAUAUCACAGCCUGGGAUCAUGGCGGAUGAUCUAAAGAUGAAGAACUAUCAGAUUGUCGGAAUUAACUGGCUCUCGUUGCUGUUCGAGAAGGACCUUAGCUGCAUCCUGGCUGACGAUAUGGGUCUUGGAAAGACUUGCCAGGUGAUUGCAUUCUUGGCACACUUGUAUGAGAAAGGAAUCAAGGGACCGCAUCUCAUUGUUGUGCCUUCGUCAACAAUUGAAAAUUGGCUGAGAGAGUUUCAGAAGUUUUGCCCUACUCUCUCUGUGAUGCCCUACUACGCUGGCCAGGCGGAGCGAGCAUUAAUCCGUGAAACGAUUGAAGAGAACAGGGACGAUAUCAAUGUUGUGAUCACGACGUACACGAUUGCUAAGGCCAAGGUCGAUGCACAUUUCCUUCGGAAUAUGAACUUCUGUGUCUGUGUAUAUGAUGAAGGACAUAUGCUCAAGAGCAGCACUUCCGUCCUCUAUGAGAAGCUGAUUCGAAUCCGUGCUCGUUUCAGGCUUUUGCUGACCGGUACCCCGCUGCAGAAUAAUCUUCAAGAACUGGCUUCUUUGCUAGGAUUCAUUCUUCCCAAGGUUUUCCAAGAACGCAAGGAAGAUCUACAAUACGUAUUCGCAAACAAGGCGAAGACUGUAAAUGAAUCACACUCUACGCUACUCUCGGCCCAGCGUAUUGAACGGGCCAAGUCCAUGCUCAAGCCAUUUGUCCUCCGACGGAAGAAGCAUCAAGUCAUCGACCUACCAGCCAAGAUUUCCCACGUUGGGUAUUGCGAAAUGAACGACGCCCAGCGGAAAAUCUAUGAACACGAAAAGAACGAAGUGAAGAAACUCCUGGAAGACCGUGCAGCAGGAAAGAAAACAGGCAACAAGUCCGCCAACAUUUUGAUGAAGCUCCGCCAAGCGGCUAUUCACCCCCUUCUGCAUCGUCGCCACUACACUGAUACGAUCCUCAGUCGAAUGGCAAAGGCUUGCUUGAAAGAGGAGCAAUGGUCCAUGUCCGAUCCCGACGUCAUCUUUGGGGAAUUACAAGCAUACAACGACUACGAAUGUCACACAAUGUGCGUGACGAACCCCGGCUCUCUCGGGAAAUUCGCUCUAAAGAACGACGAGUGGAUGGACUCGGGCAAAAUCGACAAACUUUGUGAGCUCUUACAGCGAUUCAAAGAGAACGGCGACCGCACGCUCGUCUUCUCGCAAUUCACCAUGGUCAUGGACAUUCUCGAGAACGUGCUUGAAAACCAGCACCUCGGCUUCGUGCGUCUAGACGGGCGAACCAACGUCGAGGACCGCCAGUCUAUCCUGGAUGCCUUCCACGAACGAACCGAUAUCCCCGUCUUCCUCCUUUCCACGAAAGCCGGCGGCGCGGGUAUUAACCUUGCCUGCGCCAACAAAGUCAUCAUCUUCGACUCUAGCUUCAACCCACAGGAGGACGUCCAAGCCGAGAACCGUGCACACCGCGUCGGCCAAACCCGCGAAGUCGAAGUCAUCCGACUGGUGACCAAGGACACAAUCGAAGAACAGAUAUACGCCCUCGGACAGACUAAACUUGCUCUCGACCAAGCCGUUGCAGGCGAGGAUGCUGCCGAAUCCAAGAAGACCGAAGAAGCCGGCAUGAAGGUAGUAGAGGAGAUGGUUCUAGCUGAUAUGACUCAAGAAAAGGGAGAAGAUUCGUGA